CAAAAAAAAGAUAGAUAGGCUGCCGUGAAUAUUAUUAUAUAUAUAAAUACACAAUGAGGAGAGAGAGAGAGAUAAAGAAAGACGACAUUUCGGGAUAGCUCUUCCUAUUUUUGUGUGUUUUGCCCUGCUUUUGCUCCCUCCCUCCCUUUCUACCAUGUCUCUGUGAAUGCUCUGAAUCCUCUGUUUUGGACAAAAUUAGUUUGAACAAUCCAAUUCCAAUCCUCAAUCGGCAUCGAGAGCGCUCUCUUCUCUUCUCAAGCUCUCGAUCCGAACCAAAACCAGUUCCAUUCCAUUCCAUUCAUGUGAUUCUUUCUAAUAAAUCAAACUCACAAAUAUACAAUAAUAUGGAAAACAUAGCAGCCCAAUUAAAGCGGGGUAUCUCUCGCCAGUUCUCCGCCGGUGCCGGAUCCCUCCGUCGCUCCUUCAGCCGACAAUUUACACGCCAGUCCUCCCUCGACCCCCGCAGGAUCAACCUCCGCUUCAGCUUCGGCAGGCAGUCCUCCCUCGACCCCAUUCGCCGGAGCCCCUCCGAUGAUGAUAACAAGCUCUCCGUCCCGGAGAACCUCGAUUCCACCAUGCAGCUUCUCUUCCUCGCCUGCCGUGGAGACACCAAGGGCGUCGAGGACUUGCUCGACGAAGGCACUGAUGUCAACAGCAUCGAUUUGGAUGGCCGCACCGCUCUCCACAUCGCUGCCUGCGAAGGCCACCCUGACGUCGUCAAGCUCUUGCUUAGCCGCAGAGCCAAUAUUGACGCUCGGGAUCGCUGGGGCAGCACGGCAGCUGCCGAUGCCAAGUAUUAUGGGAAUACAGAAAUUUACAACAUUUUGAGAGCUCGUGGAGCCAAAGUGCCGAAAACUAGGAAGACACCCAUGGCUGUUGCAAAUCCUCGGGAAGUUCCUGAGUACGAGCUUAAUCCAUUAGAGCUCCAGGUUCGGAAGAGCGAUGGAAUUACAAAGGGAACAUAUCAAGUGGCUAAAUGGAAUGGUACAAAGGUUUCUGUGAAGAUACUUGAUAAGGAUACCUCUUCAGACCCUGAAAGCAUAAUUGCCUUCAAACACGAGCUAACCUUGUUAGAAAAGGUUCGACAUCCUAAUGUUGUUCAAUUUGUUGGAGCUGUGACCCAGAAUAUGCCCAUGAUGAUUGUUUUAGAAUAUCAUCCAAAAGGUAACUUGGGAAGCUAUCUUCAGAGGAAAGGAAGACUUUCUCCAUCCAAAGCUUUACGCUUUGCUCUUGACGUAGCUAGGGGAAUGAAUUAUCUUCAUGAAUGUAAACCAGACCCAAUUAUUCACUGUGAUCUAAAGCCAAAAAAUAUUUUGCUGGAUAAUGGAGGUCAGUUGAAGGUAUCUGGAUUUGGUUUAGUGAGAUUGUCGACAAUCUCACCUGAUAGGGCAAAACUGGCACAAGCUGGGUGUAAAAUUGAUCCAUCUAGCUUAUAUGUGGCACCGGAAGUUUACAAAGAUGAAAUAUUUGACAGAAGUGUGGAUGCAUAUUCUUUCGGUCUCAUUUUAUAUGAGAUGAUCGAGGGCAUACAUCCAUUCCAUCCCAAGUCUCCAGAAGAGGCAGCGAAAAUGAUGUGUUUAGAAAGACAUAGACCACAAUUUAGAAACAAAUCAAAGAGUUACCCUCCAGAUCUAAUAGAGUUGAUUGAGGAAUGUUGGGAUCCAGAGCCUGUUGUAAGGCCAACAUUUUCAGAGAUAAUUGUACGGUUGCAGAGGAUAGUUACAAAUUGCUCCAAGCAGGGAUGGUGGAAAGACACAUUUAAGCUUCCUUGGAAAUAAAUGAGGGUAUACACUCACUUCGGUCAGAGAUGAAGCUGUCGCUGCUGCUGCUUGUUUGUUACAAAAGAAUAAAUAAAUAUAUAGAUAUAUAUAAAUAAUAAUGGGAGAGAGGAGGGGGACUAUGCAACAAAUCAGCUGGGGGUAGUAAAGUAAUAUUCAGGAUCAAAGGUCCAAGUCUUUUUAUUUUCCUUUUAAAAAUGUAUAAUUGUGCUGGAAUAGUUUUGUUGUAUACAAUGAAUAUAUAAGGAUAAUUGUAACAUAAGUACCCAAUGUUUAUUUUUAGUGGCAAAAGUACCUAAAGUCAGUAAAACUGUAAUUCCGUCAGUCUCCUCCGUUAGGUUCCGUUUCGUGAUGACUGGACCAACACGUGUCACUUCGUGAUUAGUCCAACUCAAUAAUAUAUUAGAGAUAUUUGCGGCAUAAGUACCCAAUGUUUGGGUUUUGUACGCGGCAUAAGUACUCAAUGUUUAAAAAUAAUUAUGAUUUGGACCAAUAAAAAAGUGACACGUGUCUGCCUAACGGAUGAGACUGACGGAAUUACAGUUUUACUAACUUUGGGUACUUUUGUCAUUAAAAAUAAACAUUCUAUGCCGCGUACAAAACUCAAACAUUGGGUAUUUAUGCCACAAUUAUCCCUAUUAUAUACCACUAUUUGUUCUGUGUUA